AUUACCUCUUCACAACUUCCAUACUUGAUUCCAUGGGUUACUUCUAUUCCCCCUUUCUGGGUACUGCCUAUUUCCUUGUCAUUCUAGCUACAGUGGUAAAUAGAAUACUAGUUUUAUCUUUUUAAAAUGGAUCCAAUUGCUUUUAUCUUUUUAAAUAUUUUUGGCUAGAAUAAAGCCGAGUGGAUAUACAAGGAUCCACCCCAACUAGUUAGAGAAGGAGUAUAUGAAUAUUGUAAUCUAUACUUGCCAUAUUCUAGCUAGAAUAGGAAUCUUUCUCCCCACUUUCAAGUUUAGUAGAAAAUCACAAGGCUUCUAAAAUUAAGUAUUGUGAGGAUUAGGACGAUCCAAAGGUUAAGUAGUUUAAAUGGCCAUUGGCUGUAUAUAUUUGAAUGUUACAGUAACUCCUCAUAAUCAUAAGAUUUGCAUAAGUAGGAUGACUGAGUACCUUACACCUUCAAUUUUGCUGAUCAAUCCUUUCACUUCAUACAUGGGGUGGCACUACUUUUCCAACCAAAACUGUAAUUUAUGCAAGUCAAUCAAAGGUAAUUUUAUUCAUUCUCAGAGAACUCAUUAGAAGGGUAUUGUAAUUCAUAAAUCCAAUCAACAAUUAUGAUUACAAGAAAAAACAAAAAUCUCUCGCAGCUCCAACUUGGGCCUGGAAUUAAGAAGAUCAAAGUGAGGAAGAGAGAAGAGAAGGAAAUGAGGGAAAGUACUUUGUUAACUUCCUUGAAUAUAGUUUUGUAUGGUUGUACCAUAUGGAUUGUGUAAGGGCUUGCAAAGGGGUUUCUAAAAGUCUUGCCACUCCACCCAUUGCCUUAUAAGCUUUUGGAUUGGAGGUCUGAGUCUUCAACAUGGUACUGAGCAAACCUUUGAUAAGGUUCCAGACUACUAUGUCCACAUCAACGUUCACAUGUGCACUCCAGAAUCUGGUUACAUGUACAAAAGGGCAUUGAGUUUUAUUGUUGUAUUGCGUAAGUGUUUCCUGAGAGGUUUAUUUGUCUUGGGUUACUGUACCCAUUGCCUUAUUGUUUUUUUAGGAUGCUUAGAAUUCUUUCAUAGUCCGAAGCCUCCUCUUGAAAUUCACCCACAUUUUCUUUUUAUGUCAUAUUCAUUCUCUCCUGAAAAACAGCCCUUGAGGUUUUCCUGAUCCUUCUGAUGUAGUAUCCUCAGGAACCAAAUGUUCCCAAUGUACUAAUCACUUCAAUAGCAAGCAAUUUUCCGCUCUAGGAUGGCCAAUGGUUGAAGCAAUUGGCUGUGUUCUCCUGUCAGAGGCAGUGAAUCUGUGGAUGUUCAUGAGGACCUACUUUCUUCUUUAAUUGGAAAAUAUAAUUUGGAAAACUGGAUGCAUUGGUGAGUCAACAGGUUCGAGGACUCAAAUAAUGAAGCCAGAGUCAACUGAUGAUUCAACCAAAGCCAAUGCAAACGGUGAGAGUUGCAUAAGCGAGGGCAGUGAGUAUGUGAAACUUGUUAUAAGAAAUGAACCAAGAGCAACUGAGGCUGUUAAUUUACAAUCUGAAGUUCCAGCCAGAAAAGGGUUUACUGUGUGGUGGAUCAAGGCCAUAAUAUGGUGUUCUAGUAUUGUAAUAAUUCUUCUGAUCUUCAUAAAGUGGGGAGUGCCCUUUCUUUUUGAGAAGGUUCUCAUUCCCUUCCUACAAUGGGAAUCCACUGCAUUUGGCCGUCCAGUGCUUGCCCUCGUGCUUGUAGCUUCUUUAGCUCUCUUUCCAGUAGUCCUACUUCCUUCUGGACCGUCGAUGUGGCUCGCAGGAAUGAUCUUUGGAUAUGGUCUUGGAUUUGUCAUAAUCAUGGUUGGAACAACAAUGGGGAUGAUCCUGCCAUACUCCAUUGGUUUGCUUUUCCGAAACAGAAUUCAUCAAUGGCUGAAGAGAUGGCCUCGACAAGCUGCCAUGGUUAGAUUGGCAGGAGAAGGGAGUUGGUUCCAUCAAUUUCGUGUGGUUGCAUUAUUUAGGAUUUCACCAUUCCCCUACACAAUCUUCAAUUAUGCUGUAGUAGUUACAAGUAUGAGAUUCUGGCCUUAUUUAUGUGGAUCAGUAGCAGGAAUGAUCCCUGAAUCCUUUAUUUACAUCUAUAGUGGCCUGCUAAUAAAGACAUUUGCUGAUGUCCAAUAUGGAAACAUCCACUUGACUCCACUUGAAAUUGUAUAUAAUGUGAUUUCUUUCAUUAUAGCAAUCAUCACUACAGUAGUUUUUACGGUGUAUACGAAGAGGACACUUGAUGAACUUGGAAGGGAAGAAGAGGUCGAUGGUGAAGGCUCUGCCUUUGAGAAUGGCAACGGCAAGUUGGAAAUGGGGACGCUUCCCAGUGGAAAAAUCAUGCGUUUGGAUUGAUAUUUCCAACCAAACGCGCUACUAGAGGAUUUUUUUUUUUCAGUUUCCCCUCGUCUUUUAGUAGGAAGUGUCUCAGGCCUGGGUUAUCUUAAGGAGCCUAGUGUAAAUAAUUUGAGUACAGAGGCCUCUUUUACACCCCUCCAUAUUUGUAACUACAAAAUGGAAAGGGAAAGAAAAAAGAAAAAGGAAUAUAUAGAUGAUUUGCAUACUAAAGCUAUGAUGUCUAACUUGUUCAUUCUAUUCUUUCACCAAGUAAUGAUAGUCUCACUUUGUUCAAUGAAAA